AGAAUUUGCAGAUAAUAACUGCCACCAAUCGAUUCUAGUCAUGAAAUAAUUACUUCCUCCAACCUACUCCACGGCAAUUAUUAAGCCAUUUCGCCUAUAGCAUCCUUACUACCAUACCCCUACACGCCUCACUAACCCGACCGUCCAUACGUUCUCCCAGUCAUUACGUACUCUCAAUCCAUCCAGACAUUUUGCACCUCCACACUUCUAGCGCGGAACCAUACCUGAAAUAUAUACCCACCUACUUAAAUCCAUGCCCUAUGGUCUCAAGCAACCUACUAGACCCGCCUAGUCUAGACCCGGCGUCGAACCACUACGACACUAGCAGGCUCCAGGAUGACUACAACAACAGCCUUGUUUUUGCCAGUGACGACCAUGACAGCCAACCUCCAUCAAAGAAUACAGAAACCCAGCCAGACUGCAGUUUUGCAAUGCAGUCUCCCAACCGUUCGAUUGGCGAUGGUGGUCCCUUCAACGAAACCACAAUCCUUGAAACUGCUGGCGUUUUAGGACAAGAAACCCAGAGAAUACGACCGGGGCCCAAUCAAGACUCCCAGAGCACCCAGGCGCUGUUAUUUGCACCAGAAUACAACGAUCCCCCAUUGGCAGCGGACACCCAGCCAAUCAGCCACCAAAUCUCCCAGCGUCACGGUCCUGGCGCUAACCGCCUGUUCAUACCACAAGAUAUUGAGGACACCCAAAAGAUCAAUACCCAAACAGCACCAGAACAAGAGGAGGCUCGGGGUAUAACUGAAACGAAGUUACAGCAUCCACAAACAGCCGCGGAGCUCCAAGAGACCCAAAAGAUUGCAUCCCCAAAGCCCUCAGCGACACAGCAGACCCAAAAGUUGGACUCCCUACAAGCAUUUCCUGGCCCUGGGAAUCUUGAAGAUACCCAGAAGAUUCACGACACACAAAAGAUUCAAGCUGCCGUUACAGAUGAUGAACAUACUCAGAAGAUCCCAAGCCAGAUUGCAGUGGCAUCUCCGAUUUCUGAGUCACAAUCCCAACCACAACCACAUGAAAAUACAGGCUUCUCCAAUUUUUCUGAAGCAAUAGAAGACAUUUACCGAGGAAUCUUAGAUGAUACCCAAAAAAUAAUACCCUCUUACGACUCGGAGUCCCAUGAACGUGUUUCCCAUGUAACCACUUCCAAUGGCAGAAGCACAGGUACAAAUCCAACACAAGUCAUUACCCCAGGCUCUUCACAACAAAUUGAUCGAGACCAACAUGAACUGCAGAAUGAAGUCAUCCCAUUCUCAAAGCCAAGCAGUAUAGAGUCUCAAGGCGCUGGCUAUGAUGAACCAAAAGUGGCACAUAGACAAGUUCUCAACACCCAGGAGCAGUCUGAUUUGGGACUAUCGCCAAAAGAAUCUCCAGAGGACGAAUUCUCGACUGGUCUGAGAAGCUUCAGAGAAGGUGAGGAGGUGAGGACGGACGAUGAGAGAAUGAAUGAUGACGAAGAUAUGACUGUUUUGGAGCAUCAAUACGACGACAGCGUCUUCACCCAUAAGAGAAGAAAGCUCCGAGCCAACUCGCCAUUGGUUUCUAGUCCUACCAAACCCACAUUGCACCAAUUCAAGUCUUUUAACAUUUCAAGCAAUACUUCCAAAUUAUCGAGUAUGGUCAUACAUCCUAAAAGUGAUCCAGUGGUGCUUGAAUCGGCAAGCGAAAUUGUUGAGUCCUCGCCAGUGGUUAAAGUGACCGACUUUCUACAAUUACCCCCAAGGUCUUCACCUACAAAGGAGAACAACGUCUUUGAAGAAGAAAGCGAUGGAUCGGAUAUGUCUGACAUUAAUGAAACAGGAAUUGAAUUGCCCAAAAUCACCAGAAGAAAAAGGAAACUAAUCAUAGAAUCACAGUCACAAAUUAAUUCUCUUGAAAAGCCCAUCUCUAAUCCUAUUUUACGUAAGGAGCUACUGUCUACGUUACGUGAGAGUAGUAUCAAAAAUCCUGAUAGUAUCUGGGGAACAUACAACUUAAAAGUUUACACAGGUAAAAUUGUUCAGAGAGGAAUAGACCAACUGGUGGUUGAAUUCUCUGAGGGUUUGUAUAAUAUCAACAAUUCAGACUUGUAUCUCCUUGAUAUCAGAAUUGGUGAUACCAUCAGGAUAAGAACAUCCACUUCCAAGUUUAGAGUCACUGGAUUGUCUAGGACCGACGGAGAUCUGAUUCAGUGUAUUCGAGGCUAUAAUUAUGUUUACAUUGAUAAACAAAGUACCAAAUCAAGUGCUGAAAUUGGAGUUCCUUUGAGUGAUUGCUAUAUGGAAUUUUCUGAUUGGAUAUUACAUCAGGAGAGAUAUGGCUUGGUAUUGAAUAUUUCGGGAAAUUCAGGAGAUGAGCAUCUUCCUAGCCGUCGUGCUCAAAGAGCACAAACUAGAACUCAAAGGCAGAGAACCCAGCCUGCUAGAGCCGUAUCCAAUCCAUCGCGCAGUCAUAUUGAGAAAGAGAGCCUAGUUUCAACUGCUGGACCGGUUGUACUGGUUGUCAAGAAAUCUUUAUUCAUCAACCAAUUAUUUUGCAUAACCUCGAUUGAUGGAGAAAGGAAGGACCAAAUACAGGCAUUGAUCGAAGAGAAUGGAGGAACCCUAAUUGACGAAGGACUUAAUGAACUCUUCGAUUACACCAGUGAUUCAAAUGGGCAAUUGACCCUCACUUCUGAUAAAUUGGACCAAUUCACCUUUGGAUGUAUGAUAUCCAAUAAUUACUGUCGCAGUGCCAAAUAUUUGCAGGCGUUGGCAUUGGGAUGGCCUAUCCUUUCUGAUUCAUUUAUCGUGGAUUGCGUCGAAGGCAAGACCUCGUUGAAUGAGUGGCCGGUUUACCUUCUACCAGCAGGGCAAUCUAAAGCAUUGAGUUCGGUGAAGAGCUUAGAUGUGUUUAGCUUCAGAAGAAACUACGAGAAUGAAGAAAAAUUGGUUGACCAACUUCACAACAACGGCCACUUGUUACGCAGAUUCAACAUCGUUGUGCUCAAUAACAGGGCCAAUGGAAAUACCUUGGAGACCUGCAAGUUUAUAUUCUACACACUCGGAUCAAAAUCGUUGAAGUACUGUGCAAAGCAUGAAGAUGUUUUUGAUUAUUUAAAGGAAUUGAAUGAUGCUGGAGAGCGUGAUAUUUUGAUAUAUGAUGAUGGUGGAACGGUAAGUGAAAAGUUACAGGGUAUGCAAAAGCCAAAGAAAGAACGAAAGAAAGGAAGAACCAGGAGAAAUGGUGACGUGGCGACUCAAUCUGACCUGAUCAACUUUGGAGUAAUUGACUGGGAGUGGGUGGUGCAAUGUGUGAUAAGUGGCUAUAUUUGGAACAGUCCCAUCUAUACGAUCAGCUAGACUUUCAUAGACAAUAAUAAAACAUGGUGUAAGUGGAU